AUGGCGGCGGCUAAUGUAUUCACUGCGGGCCAAAUCAGGAAGCUUGAGGCGAUUAUAGGUAACAGAAACAUGCUCGAACGGUUGGAGCCUACUGACUGGAUACCUCGUGCAGAGUUUGCUACCGAUCUUCUUUCCAAACUACCAACCUCCCAUGACUUGAGCUCCAACGAUGUUCUUCUUUCCGAUCUGAAUCACCAUAUAUCUUCGGCCAGUGCUUUGACUGAGAAACGAGCAGUACCGCCGACCGAAAUUGCAGAAGGAUUGAGAGAUAUUGGGAGGAGACUAUGGAACGAGUGUAUCAAAGAGAGGAGAAAAAAGGAUGACAUUUUAUCAUCGUCCUCGAGGAUCCAGCUACAAGCUCGCGCACGCGUUCUGGCCUUUUUGGCCCAUGCCUUAGCGCGAGAAACUCGGAACUGCAAAGAGAAAGGCUUCGUCGAAGAUGUGACAAGUAUGAUGGACUUGUCACUCACACUGGCCAGAGUUUGUGUUGAAUCAUCCGACCUUGAUGGUGCGCUUCUGAGCAUGACCAAAGCUGCUGACUACAUCGAACGGCUGAAGAUAACGGAGAAUACAACGGCAGAAGACCAUGAACAGAUGCAAAGGAUUGAGGCGGAAUACUUUGCGAUGAGAUGCGCCUUGUCAUGGAAACAAGGCUGUCUAGACGUUGCCGAGCACAUGUACGCAAAAGCAGAUAAUCUCUUGCAGCAUGUUGAUUCGUCUUCUGCAGAAAGGUUGGCUGACACGUUUCACUGCAUUGGAGGCGAGCUCUCGUCCAAGGAGGAUCAUGACAUGGCUUUGAAAUGGCUGCGGCGGGCGCUCAACCUCAUCAACGCAAAAGGGCUAGAGAGACUCUCGACAGAAGGACUGGAACUUCGAAUGUCUAUCCAUCAUGAACUCAUCCAAACAUUGCUUGCUACAGGCUCUGAAGAGCAUUUCGAGGAAGCUGAUAAUCUAGCGUCACAAGUAGAAUCCGAGAUUGGAGACAAGCCAAUCGUUCUCCAUUGGAAACUUGAGAUUAUUCAUCGAUUACCCGGUGAGCUUUUUGAUGCCGAUGCAUGCGCAAGUAUUCUACGACGCAUGAUACGAUCGUUCAGUCUUUCGGAUCCUGGGCUCGGAUUUCUUCUGCAUGGUAUUGGAGAACUACGCACCAGGGGACCUCGACUGGCAGUAGGGUUGAUGGAAGAGCUUAUAAUAAGAAAGCUGAUACCAUGCGGUAAUCUGGACUGGAUAGGGAAAGCUGUCGUUCGACGUGUUUGGAUGGGCACAAUGGAAACAGAUACGUCCACGGGAGUGAAAGACUUGGUCCGACUUCUGGAUCAACUCAUUCAAGAGACCGAUAUCCAGGACGAACCCCUCACGAGAUAUCUCAUGUUCAAGGUGGCUCUAAUGAGCUGGAACCAUGAACUAGGGCGUCAGUGUAUCGAGUAUCUUGGUAAAAUGCCAGACAAAUCCCAAUGUCGAGACAUCAUAUAUGCAUGCGUCAGGGAUGCACAGAACGCCGGCGACAGGAUGAUGACGCUGGAGACUCUAAAAGCAGCGACCGAAACAUUCGAUAUGGAGGGUGCUUCAACUUCGAAUUUACCGUCGCUAUUUAGAUGUGCGAUACGACUGGUACACCUGAUCGAGACCCCACAAGAUGAGGAUGCGGACGGAGUUCCCGAGCUUGCAGAAGAUACUUGUUGCAUGUUUGAGAGAGCUGCUGAACACGCAAAGCUGGACCCAAAAGACGAAGAAGGUGCCAAGAUCUUCACAGUCCCAGAGUUACACUGGUUUCGAAAAAAUGCUUACAACAUUGCCCGUUGUCAUUUUAUCAUCGCAGCGGCAUUGAUCUCGCAGGCACGUACCGAGGACGAAGUGGAUGAGCGACUCCAGCGGUAUCUUGAAGUAAGAUAUCACAUCUCAGUGUUUGACACGUUUUUCACUGAUCAUGUCCGGAACAAUCCCAAGUCUGGCAUCUACCCGGACCUUUUGGUUAAGAUGUCAACACUCUUUGUCUUUGAUUUUGAAAGUGCUGUCUGUCUGAAACAGUGGGACGAUUCGAGCGAAAUCGUCAGAAAGGCUACAAUCUGCAAAGAUGAGAUAAUGUACAAAGCCAUGGCAGAUUGCCUACUAAGAAGUGAAGCUCCGGGUAAUGUUGUGUAUGGAACAAUGCGUCUCAUUAUCAACGAAAUAUAUUUACUGGAAGGUUUCGACAACGAACGGCUGGCAAAGUAUAUACGCUGCUUGUUCAAGGCUAUUCUGCCUCUGGACGAUCGUCUGGCUUUGCAGGUCGUCGAACAAGCAGUCAAGGUCGCACGAGAAGGAAGCCAAGUACAAGCCCCUUUCCCUGCAGAUGACUUGGACUAUAUCGUCGCAGCAACUUUCAAUCAUGCCAUUGAUAUCUCUGGGAGGGGUGACGAAGGGCUAUGCCAGCAAUGGGCUUUGAAAGCACUGGAACUCGCGGAGUACAUGGACGACGGUGGUGACAUGAGAGAUAGUUUACGUGAGAGAGCCGCCGAAAUGGGAUUAAGUAUAAAGAUCUAUGGGCCCCUGCCCAACGCCGAGUUCGCCUAG